CUCUAUGCUCUUGCCUGGACUGGCAGUUUCCCCCAGCUCCUUGUACAGUCCGAUCUUUCCAUGCUGUCUUCAAGCCCUGCUUCCUGUACGUCUCCCAACCCUGGCACAGACAACCCAGAUAAGAAGGUCCACUGGGCUUCUGAGAAGAGAAGGAGGACAUCAUCCACAGACUCAGAGUCAAAGACUCACUUGGACAUUUCUAAGUUGCCCAGGUCCCGGAGGCCCAGCCGGCUGACGGUGAAGUAUGACCGGGGUCAUCUGCAGCGCUGGCUGGAGAUGGAGCAGUGGGUAGACGCUCAGGUUCAGGAACUCUUCCAGACAUCUCAGGGCAAGUCCUGCCAAGCAACCGAGGAAGGCAGCAGCCCAAGAACCCACUUUACAAGGGUCAAGAAGAACUUUCUGAGCCUGAGAUUGAUCUGGAGGCUCUCAUGGAAUUGUCCACAGAGGAGCAAAGGACUCAGCUGGAGGCCAUUCUCCAAGACUGCCCAGGCAACAGAGAGCCUUUUAUCUCUGAGCUACUCAGUCAACUCAAGAGACUUCGGAGACUCAGCAGGCCUUCGAAAUAAUCCUGGAGGGACCAUCUUCUGAAGCCUCAGCACUGUCAGGAUCCACAGGAUACUGGCCAGGACCUACAGCCCUGACCUGGAUACUGGCUGAAAGGUCUUCCAUACAGACAAGAGCUGCAGAAGACAAAGAGAGACACUUGUAUAGCCCACGUGUGUGCAGCCACAACUGGCUCUCUCAGCCGAGCUCUCUGGGAGUCAGCUGUAGUUGUGUCUAAUGUUUUACUUGGCAGCCAAGAUAAAACCUUUAGAAGCCCAGAA